AUGGUGGAAUUCAUCCCUCCUCCCGAUCCUCACACUCUCCUCCUUCCGCUAUUGGCCUGUCUCCCCACGGCCUUCGUCUCUCCUCGGCCUCCCCCCGCGCUGCUUCCUCUCCUCUCCCCCAUCCUCCGUCAACGAGUCCAGAUCUUCAGCUCGGUUUCCUCGUCGCCCACGGAUUCAUGGCUUCAACACCUUUGCUGGGACACUACGAAAGCCGAACGGCUCCAGUCUCUGGUUGAUGGCGCCAGUUUCGAACCGCACCCCGUGUCAGGCGAGAUCGAGCUGCCCGGAGAGACCCCGAUCACAUACAAACGGAUUGAUGACGAGACGCUCCAGUCGCGCAUUCUAAUUCCCGACUACAGUCUCAAAGUAAUUUUCCUGUGGUGUCCAAGUGAUCAAGAGGGUGGGGGACCGGGGUGGCGAAUUGCAGAAUUACUCCCUCACGAGGGUGCUCUCGAAGAGGAUGGAGCUUGGUCCAACUCGAUCGGGGAGGCAAACGUUCAUGCUAAAGAGAAGCUGAUGGAGGACGCAUUGAAGGCCGCGGAGCGGGACGAGAAAGUUGCAUCUCGUCAGGAACCGGAACCCGAAGACGAGGACGAUGAUGCCGAUUACUGGGCGCAAUAUGAUGCCACCCCCGGACGGACCCCCGCGGUCAAAACCCCCGCGCCCAAUCAGCAGCAGAACAUGUCGGAAGCAUCGUACUUUUCGCGGUACGCCGAGGUCCAACCGGCGAUGGACAAUCAUGAUCCUGCGGAAGAGCAGCCGGAGAUCGGGCCAUCCUCUCUCAAUGGAGAUAUGCUGGCGAACCUCCUUCGGCGACAGGUGGACGGUCUGAAUGGCGAGCAGUCAGGGAAUUCCAACGCUGCAAACGAACAUACAGCCAUGCCGCUGAACCACCCCCGUCCAUCUUCGACUUCUUCGGCGAGUUCCGAAGCGGUGGCGAAGUUGGAACAAGAGGCGGAGAACCAGUCCGCCUGUGAAGUUGGCGUUAAGCAACAUAUUGGCUCGAACAUCAAGAGUCUGUUCCGCCUGGCCAAAGCGACAGGGAUUUCUCGAGCAGAAUUCCAAUCUUUGGUGCGGACGGAGCUGGACCUGCUGAAUGUCUCCGACGAGGAUGAGUGA